CUGAGCCAGGGUUGGGGGCCAUGGAGCAGCGGGGAGCUGAAGAAACCCUGUGAGCAGCCGCAGCGUUGCUGAGAGAGACUCAGUUCGACCCUUGGGGCUCCAGUCCGCCUGUCUCGGAUCACAGAGCUGCUCACUGCCUGAGAAGGGGGGCGCCCCCACCAGGCUUGCAGAUCCUCAGCUCGCCUUCGCUAAACUGGUUGAACGGGAGCUGCUCAGACCAGCAGGAUCCAGCAGCCGGGCCAGCUGUUUAAGGAGAGACACUCACUAAGGAAAAUCAUGAAUUAAGGGGCUUCCAGCUUCCAGCCUGUUCAUCAAACCCUCCAAACAUAUCACAAAACUAACCUUGACUAGAAGGCAAUUAACCAGUUAAAGAGGUCAUUAUGGCCGUAGUGCACAAUGCCCAAGUCAGAGAAGAGUUCGCUACCUUCCCCGAGAUCAUCGAACUCAAUGUGGGGGGCCAGGUGUAUAUCACUCGUUACCCCACCCUGGUCAGCGUCCAAGGUUCGCUGCUCUGGGAAAUGUUCAGUCAGAAGAAUCCCCUGUCCUUGUCCCAUGACAACAAAGGGCGGUUCUUCGUGGAUCGAGACGGCUUCCUCUUUCGUUAUGUGUUAGACUAUAUGAGAGACCACCAGCUGGUGUUGCCGGACCACUUUCCCGAGCGGAGCAGGCUCAAGAGGGAGGCCGAGUACUUCAAACUGCCAGAUCUUGUCAAGAUCCUGGCCCCCGAGACUGGGAACAAUAGCUCCAUGGCAGAUGACUCCCGGGCAAAUGACUCAGAAGAGCAAUACCCCAACCAUGGCUCGGGUUCAUCUGCCUCAACCAGUGGCCCAGGCAGCUCCCCGGGGACAACCGGGGCCGGUGCUGUGGCCACCCGCAAGGGUGGUUACAUCACCCUUGGCUACCGGGGUUCCUAUACCCUAGGCCGGGAUAGCCAAACGGAUGCCAAAUUUCGUCGUGUGGCCCGCAUCAUGGUGUGUGGCAAGAUCUCGCUGGCCAAAGAAGUAUUUGGGGAAACCCUGAACGAGAGUCGGGACCCUGACCGCCCUCCUGAGCGGUAUACUUCCCGCUACUACCUCAAAUUCAACUACCUAGAACAAGCCUUUGACAAACUGGCCAGCGCCGGCUUCCACAUGGUGACAUCGAGUUCUACGGGCACCUGUGCCUGUGCUCAGGACCAGGCUGAUGACAAGAUUUGGACCUCUUACACCGAGUAUAUUUUCUACCGUGAGUGAUCACCCGACAGAAGGCCCACCGCCCCCCCCCACGGGCCAGGCCCAGCUCUUUUCUCCAGAGCCCCUGGCUCACUGUCCCUAAAGUCACUUCCCCACUCCAGCACCCUGGUUCUCCUUGGAUCUUGGCCUUGAGUGGUGACUUUGAGUCGUGGAGGCUCUGUCAGGCUCUGAUGUAUACGACUGUACAUAUAUACGUAUUGCUAUGGCGGGUCAGGGAACCAACGCAGGGGGUGGCGGAGGAGGUUGGGAGAUGAAUGCCAUGGAGGAAAGGUGGAACCCCAAGGCUGCCAACCCUCACCUCCUCCUCAGCACCUUUUUGUGGAUUUGCUUAUACACUUUGCGAUUUAUAUAACCUGAUGCCUUGGGCCCUGGGUGGGGUGGUCAAAGGGUCCAGCAGCUUCCAGAUUCCCUCUCCAGAAAUAUCUUCACGGUCCCACAAGGUGAACUAGAGGGCCCUAAGCAGCUGGGC